UUAUUCCCACGCCUUGCCGCUUCUAAUUUUGCUAGCUCUCUCUUCGCGUCUUUGAUAACCCUUGGGAUCUCUGGCUCUCUCUGCCUGCGACUGCAAACAAUAUGCAGUGAUAGGUUUAACAUCAAUUCCCUGCUUGAGCACCUCCAAGCUAAAUAUGUCGGUACUGGGCAUGCGGAUUUGAAUAGAUUUGAAUGGGCAGUGAACAUUCAACGGGAUAGCUAUGCGUCAUAUGUUGGGCAUUACCCAUUACUAGCGUACUUUGCUAUUGCGGAAAAUGAAUCAAUUGGGAGAGAGCGCUACAACUUCAUGCAGAAAAUGCUUUUGCCUUGUGGUCUCCCCCCUGAAAGAGAGGACGAUUGAAUUGUCAUUUGGGCCAAAUCUGAAACAUGAUAAACUCUCAAUCUUUGCAGGCUGAGUUCCAUAUUUUUUUUUCCUAAUUUGUAAUAUCUAUAUAUGUUUUAUUGUUAUGUGAGACUUAUGAAUAGAAGCUUGUGCUUGAACCAGUACACAUUCAAUCCCUUCAUGUAGCCCUUUUAGAUGCUACAAAACCUGAACCCUAUGCAUGUGAAACAAGGCUUGCUUCUUGUUCAUUGAUAAAUUGUGCCUUAUGAGAGAAAAAUAUUACGAAUAGAAAAGUUAUAAUGCAGACAAAAGUUGAAGAUC